CAGGAAAUAAAAGAAAAGAAAAACCAUGGUAAUGACAAAUUCAUUCAGAAUAAAGUCGGUGUUUUUGUUAACCUUUACAACCGCCCUUCUAACCUUACCAUUAACUACCAACGCAAAAUCUCAAAAAAUUGUCACAAAGCUCAUCCACCGUGACUCCAUUUUCUCUCCAUUUUAUAAUCUCGAUGAUGGCAUAGAAGAUCGAGCUCUUCGCAUCCUGAAGAACUCAAAUUCACGUUUUGCACACUUGAAGGCAAAAGCUAAGAGAAAUUUAGUGCUUGAUUAUUAUGAUGAUGAUGAUGAUGACUCUGGUGCUAAAAUCUAUCAAGCCAAUCUCCUAGCUAAUUAUGGUCAUUUGUUCGUCGUAAAUAUUUCCAUAGGUCAGCCACCAAUUCCACAGUUGCUCUAUAUGGAUACCGGUAGUACUCUCCCAUGGAUUCAAUGCAAGCAAUGCACAAAAUGUUUGAAGCAGCAAGGUCCGGUAUAUGAUCCAUCAAGUUCUUCCACUUACAAUGAUUUACCAUGCGGUGAUGAUUCUUGUGGUGAUUUCCCUGGUGUCAAUGUCUCGUGCGGUGAACUCAAUAAUUGCAUUUAUCGAAUACAAUACAUGGACAAAUCCUUAUCUAAAGGUCGCAUUGGUACAGAACAAAUAAUAUUUGAGACACCUGAUGAAGGUAAAGUAGCAGUACGUGAUGUGGUAUUUGGUUGUGGUGAAGAAAAUAAUAUGUCCGUAAGGGGGCUAGGAGUUGGGGUGUUCGGACUUGGAUAUAGCAAUUUCGUCAUCAAUUUAGGGCUUGUGUUCUCCUAUUGCAUUGGUAGCGUCCGCGAUCCUCAGUAUGGCUUCAAUGGAUUAACAUUUGGCGAUGACUCUAGUGUUGAAGGCUAUUCAACACCGUUCGAAGUGAUUGAAGGCACCUACUACAUAACCCUUGAAGGGAUAAGUGUAGGGCAAGAAAGACUUGACAUAAGUCCUGAUGUGUUUAAAAGGACUCGGAAAGGUGGUGGGGCAGUCAUCGAUUCUGGAUCUGAACUCACCUAUCUACCUGAAGUUGCAUUUAAUCUACUUAAAAGUAAAGUUUCCAGUAUUCUUAAUGGGUUCUUGAGGCAGCGUGUGUUUGAAAAUGCUCAACACAUGUUGUGCUACGAAGGAGAUUUGAGUCGAGACCUCUAUGGUUUUCCAGCGACGACAUUUCAUUUCUCAGAGGGAGCUGAUCUGGUGUUAGAAACAGAAAGCUUAUUUGCGCAGGAUACUAAAGAUGUGUUUUGUGUUGCUGUAAGUCAUUUGAAUAAUGCUACCACACAGCCGUCUAUUAUUGGAAUUUUGGCUCAGCAAUACUACAAUGUGGCUUAUGAUCUUGGUGCAAAGAGGAUCUAUUUUCAAAGAAUUGAUUGUGAACUCCUUUAUGAUUGAUUAAAAUUUAUAUAUAUUUGUACAUGCUUGGUCUUAUAAUAAAUAUAUCUCUUAGUUUCAAUAAAAAUUUAAAUUUAAGUUUUAGUGAAA